CGCGUCGACUUCCCCCCCUGCCAACCAUCGAGCCCCUUGCGAAAGGAGUACGAGUUCACGAGUACUGGAAUCUCUUGUCAAUAAUAACAACAUCUCUCCAACACUACCGCGACUCGACGUUGACGACGACAACAAUGCAACACUCGACUGCCAAGACGACCAUUGACAGCCUCGCGCUCGACGGUGGCUUCACUUCCAUCAUGCCUGGAGGCGAGUCCUCCACCCGCAGGCAGCGCAUUGCCAUGGCCUGCCAGUACUGCCGUCACCGCAAGAUCAAGUGCUGCGGCUCGACCCCAUGCGCCAACUGCACUCGUGCUCGCCGCACGUGCGACUACUCGCCCGUCCCAGAGGAGGUCAACCGUGCUACUCGCGAGAAGAAGGCUGCGGCCAAGGCUGCCAAGUCGGCCUUUGCUCACCGCCCAACGCCAUACUUUGUCGACCACCAGUCGGUCUAUGGCAUGCCCUACCUGGCUGGCCCAGGUCCCAUCCGUGGCACUCACGUCCCUCCUCGUCGCGCCUACACCACGCCGACGAUGACAAUGUCGCCCUACUCGCCUCUUCCUCCUCAGGCCCCGGCCAUGUCCUCGCCUGCUCACUUCGAGUCGCCCUGGUUCAACGGACCCCCCGUGCCCGUCAUCAGCGUCUCCCCCAUGGUCCCCGUCAUGCCUCACUCGGCCGAGCCCCUGCCAGUUCCCGAGUUCGAGGACCACCACCACGCGUACGCCCAGUACACCACGGCGCCGGUUUCGCCCACUGAGUCGUCGGCCUCGUCCACGACCCAGUACCCCAUGCCCAUGACCCCGGUUCGCAAGACGAUCCUCCAGACCCCGCCCCACACACCAUCAGCCGCCUACUUCCAGGCCGCCACCCCCAACAUGCUGUCCUACACGCCGCAGCCGUUCCCCUUCUCGCCAUCCCCGUUGGCGCAGUCGACCUUCCAGUCGUCCCCCACGCUCUGCCCCGGCCUCCCCGUUCAGCAGAAGCUCCCCCCUCCCCAGCCCCAACAGCCCCUGGUGGGCCUCGGUAUCGGCUUGACUGCCGCCGACGAGGGCAUCUCUUACAUUCCCAUGGCAAAUGACUACCUCACUGCCAGCAACGUUUGGACCCAGCCCGAGGCUUCCCCAUACCUUUCCUAGGCUCGCUUUUUUAGACUCGGAAGACGGACUAUUCUUCCUUAGACGGACUAUAUCUGGACUCUCUCCUUUUUCCUCUUUUUUCUUUACCUUUUUUCCCCUCUUGAUCUUGACAAUUCCUGUAACGUAUAGUGUGUAUGGUCUCUCUCCCAAAGUCGUCGACGACCCCCCUCUUGCCUCCUGGACAAUAGUACAGUUUGUUGUGCCUCGUCAUGCGACACCAGUUUCAUGGUA